UCCCAAGUUCCCAUCCACCAAGGUUGAUUGCAUAGGUAUCUAUCUACAAUCUAUUUAUCCACAAAAUACGAAAAAGCAAAAGCCAUAAAAGGAUUUGAAGCACUGAAAUUAUAACCAAAAGGCCAACAUUUAUCACAAUAUUAUUGUUUUUUAACAUCUUCCCAAAGGGACAAAUUUGCUUGUUAAAAGUCGUCGGCCUAACAUAGCGUCGACCUCGGAUCGAAUUACAGAGAGGCUGUCUCUCUGCUGUGCUGUGCUGUUUCCUGUUGUGCUGCCCAUAAUAUACUGCCUUCUCUCGGAAAUUCUCAUAACAACCCAACAAGAAGACAACAAAAAAUAGAACAACUCGGUUCAGUUUAACUCAACUCAAUGGGGGAUGACCAAAAUGGUGGGCAGAAACCAGCUUUGAGCCGUGAUUAUCCGGAAAACCAGAUUAGGAAACCGCUGGGUGAAGAAAAUUCCAAUCUUUCGAUGCAAGAGAGCGCCGCCAAUUGUCUUUCUGGCUACCCAUUUGAAGAAAAUGGUGAUGGGACAGGAUCUGGUAUGCCGAUGCCCGGUGGUUUUAAUAGCAGGAAAAUUGGGGGUAGUUUUGCUGAGAGCUUAGCUGCCAGGACAGGUGGGGAUAAUCCCAGGCUGAAUAUUAAUAGCAAUAGCAAUACUGCUCGGUUUAAGGCCUUGCCGCCCUCAAGCUUGCCGAUACCGCGGUCCCCUUGCCUGACAAUACCGCCUGGCUUGAGCCCCACCACUUUGUUGGACUCUCCUGUUCUUCUCUCUAACUCUCUGGCUGAACCAUCUCCUACAACUGGCACUUUUUUAUUGCCACCUUUUUUCUUUGACAGUGUUCGUGCAUGUGAUUCACCAUCAUUUACAUCAGAUGUUUCUAAGAACAGUGGGAUUGAAGAUGGAAAGUCUUCCAGCUUUGAAUUUAAACAAUUUGCCAAAUCUGGGAGCAAUUCGAGCCUGUCACCUCUUGGGGGCUUGGCUUCUUUUGGUUCGAGUUACGAGCAAGCUCAAAAUCAAUAUCAACCUAAAAUUCAGUCUCAAUCACAAUCUCAAACUCAGUCAUGGACCACAAGUGCAUCUGCUAUCGAAAAAGAGUUUGUUUUGAAUCGUCCACCUGAACAUCCAGCAGCUAGCACUACUGCAGAUGGUCCAUUGUAUGCUGUUCCUUUACGGGCCGUUCCUUCUCAGGUUACCACUGCACAGUCUACUUCUUUUCAAGAACAGCAGAUGCAGAACUCCAAUAUGCAGGCACACACUUCAGAAGGUGAUCAAAAUGUGUCAGUUCCUUUGGCAGUGGCAGAGAAACCAUCUGAAGAUGGAUACAAUUGGCGGAAAUAUGGGCAAAAGCAUGUGAAAGGCAGUGAAUACCCUCGGAGUUAUUAUAAGUGCACUCACCCAAAUUGUCAAAUGAGAAAAAAGUUGGAACGUUCUCACGAUGGACAAAUAACAGAGAUUAUCUAUAAGGGUGUCCACGAUCACCCUAAACCUCAGCCCAGCCGUAGAUCAGCAAUAGGUGCUGCUCAUGUAAGCCAGGAUGAAGAAGAGAUAAAUGAAGGCUUUGGAAGUAUUGUAAAAAUUGAAGAUCCACCAUCAACGAUGCAAGGACAAACCUCCAAUCAUCUAGAGUCAACAGGCACCCCAGAAUUUUCAUCAAUUUCAGCUAGCGAUGAUGAUGGAGAGGGUGGAGGUAAAUCAUUGGGGGAGGAUGCUGAUGAAGACGAGUCUGAAUCAAAGCGCAGGAAGAAAGAAAACGGUUCGGCAGAUGUCAUCACAUCCAAUAGAACCAUACGUGAGCCACGUGUUGUUGUACAGACAACUAGCGAGAUUGAUAUCCUUGAUGAUGGAUAUCGAUGGCGUAAAUAUGGACAAAAAGUGGUGAAGGGUAAUCCUAAUCCAAGGAGCUAUUAUAAAUGUACAAAUGCAGGAUGUCCUGUCAGGAAACAUGUUGAAAGAGCCUCACAUGAUCCAAAGGCAGUAAUUACAACAUACGAGGGGAAACAUAACCACGAUGUACCAGCCGCACGGAAUAGCAGCCAUAGCAGCCAUGACAAUGCUGGAAUUGGAAAUGCUCAACCUUCUGCAGUAAGGCAGAGUAAUUUUGCAGUGCCUGGUAAUGGUAUUGUAAGGCCCGUUUCUCAUGUGCAAGACACAUUGCCACAGUUUGAAAGGCAUCCAGAACAGACAUACUUGUUUGAAAGAGUUGCAGAUGGAAGUCUUAAAUCACAAGAUAGGAGUGCUGGCAUUCUUGACCUAGGAGUGGGGGGAAGCAUGGGUUUUGGGAAAUUUGGCUUUGAUAAUAACCUUAGACAGAGUGAGAAAUUGCACACAACCCAAAUAUCUCCUUCAAUUCCACCUCAGAUGCAUAGUUCUUUAGGCCUUGGAAUGGCUAGUGCCGGCCUUAAUAGUGGAAGGUCUGCAGUCCCUUUCCAGUCCUUUUUUGGGCAAUCUAAAGAGAAAGAUAUGGAGCUUCGAAGAGCCAAGGAAGAAGCGCCAGAGCACUUCGAUUUUGAGGAUACUGUGCCUGUCAAUCAUGCAUCAAAUUCAUCUGUUUAUCAUCAAAAUGUGGGAAGAUUAGUGAUGGGCCCUUGAAUGUAUACUGUCAUUUAUUAAAUUUCAGUGAGGUUGUGGAAAGGUAUUACGUUCCUUGACUUUAAAUGGAGAUGGGGCAUGUAAACACUUGAAAGUGUGGGGCAGCAAAGAACAAAUAAGGGGUGCAAGAUAAAUGCCAAGAGAUUAUUAUGGCCAUCAAACUUGACAAUGCAAAUUUCUAUUGGUGGGUAGCUGGUGGCCAGUGCGUUCUGUAGUGGGUUUAUGUCUUGCAGAAAUGUUGGGAAUUUGUGUAAAUUAUCUCUUACAGUAGUUCCAUUUUGUUAUUCAAUUUACAGGUUCACUUGAUUCAGGCAUUUGUUUA